AUUGGAUAUGUAAUAGAUUUCUCCAGAAGUUGAGCAAUACCUACAAGAAGCAGUCAAACCACUCCUUGAGAGAAUCGAGGAAUUAAAAUAAAAGGAUUAGUAGAAUGAAGAUCAGAUCAAAUUUCUGACAGGAGAAAUCAGCCAACUCAAAGCCUUGGUUUCAACUCUCAAGCCAGCCGAGGAGAAAAGUAUUGUGAUUUAAAUUAUCAUUAGAAUAAGUUAAGUAAUAAUAGAAGUAAGAAAUCAAUGGUAAUAAUAAUGGUAAAAAUGAUUAUAUCUGGAAAAUUAGAUCAUAAAAAGCCUGAUCGCCCUUAAACUGCAGUUUAACCAAAAAAUGAUUAAAACAAAUAAAAGGAACCAAAGUCGUAAACUGGAAACAAGAAUUUAAGCCAAAGUGCAUUAGUGGAUAAUACAACUAAGAAUGAAGCGGAAAACAGUAAAUUGAUUAUUCAAAAUUAGCUGCUCCAAAAUCCCAAAGAUAAUCUGAAGAAAAACAACCUAAAAUUGCAAAAUAACAAUAGUAGUAGCCACCUUAACCUAAACCAAAACCAGCUAAGCAGCCAGAAUAAAAGGACUAACAAGAAACAAAAACUUCAAAUUAAGGUAUGAUUUUUAACAUUAAAUUUAGAUUAACCAUAAAAAUAAGCAAAUCCUUAGAAAGAUGAAAAGUAAGCAGAUAAAAUUAAACAAAAUAAAUAACCUCAACCUUCUUAACCUCCAUAAACAGACAAACAAAAAGAGCAACCUAAAAAGAAUGAAAAACCUUAAGAUUAGAAAUAAAACGGAGUUCAAAAAAAUACUAAUUCCAAAUAACCUGAAAAAAAAGUGGACAAUAAACAAGAUGAUAAAAAAAUAGUUAAAAAAGGUUCCAAGCCUGUUAAUUAAUCUGGUAAUCACCAUUAAACUGAUGAACAAUAAUAAUAAUAGAAAGCGUAAGUAUCUUAAGACUAACCUUCUGCAGACAAAUAAACCAUAGAAAACCAUUCUGAAUAGAAUGAAUAGUAAUCAGAAAAUCACUAAGAAAUAGUUAAUAAUCAAUUAGAACCUGCUUAGCAUUUAGUAGGAGAAGCUGCUUAGAAUUAAGCAGAAGAAGCUAUUUAGCAUUAAGCAGAAGAGGCUGUUUAGAAUUCAUUCGAAUAAAAUCAAUUUUAGAAUGAUGGCAAUUAAGAAAAAUAAGAGGAUGAAAAUUUAUUAACUGAUAAUCACUAAGAUGAUAAUAAUUAAAAAAGUGAACAAGUAUAGUAGAGUCAAUAAGAGGAUAUGUUUUGAGUUUAUUAAAUAUCAUCAUA